CUCGUUCGUAGCGGUCGUCAGUCGUGGUGCAGCAGCGGUGCACGAGCUAAAUUUGUUUAGAAUUCUGAUAUAUAAAUAAAGCGAUUUAUAGAAUUGAGCAGCAGGCAGCAGCUCCAAUCAGAAAGAGUCAUCAACUAAACAACGUGUAUGCUAGGGCAUUCUGUUUGGCAUAAAACGGCAGCGACAUUUUCAAACCAACGCAAAACGCAUUCGAGUUCAAUAAAAAGCAAACGUGUCGGCAGCAGCAGCAGCAGCAUAAGCUUAACGAUUAACUAACUACCUGUAACCAAAAGUCUGCAGAUUUCGUAAUAGCAACAAAGCAUUUGCCUAGAGCAGCCGCAGCAGCAGCAGUCCGGUCAACGUUAGCGUCACGCAAAGAAUUCACAAAUACAAAUACAACUAUAUGAGAAAUCAGCUGAAGGCCCGCACGCACACAUGCACACAACCGUAUGAACUCAAUGCGAUAGACACACAGUGAAAGUGCGCGUGUAUAUGUGAUACAAAGAGCAAAAGAAAAAAUUUAUUAACUUGCGGUGUCAGCAUUUAUAAUAAAACAUCAAUUUACCAAAAACGUUCGCAAAACCGUUUUUGGUAAUAGAAGACACAACCCACACACAACCAACAACAACAACUAAAACCCCAACCAUCAGAUACUAAAAUACAGCACAAUGAGUGGAUACACAGACCUCACCAAGCUGGAGACUAGUCGGAACUGUCUGCGUCGCAUUGCGCGCCACGACGAGCAGCAGUUCUCCAAAGACAGCAUCGUCAAUCUGAUGGAGAAGUUUGUGAAAACGGUCAACACGAUGGAUGAUACCAUACUGGUGCCAUGCAGGCUCAUGGAUCGGCAGAUCGGUGAUAGCACUGAUAUAAUACCUGCAACGGGCAAGGAUACGACCGCCAAUCAGCUGACAAAGAGUUCCAGCGCACAGGGCAAGCGGGGCGCGGCGCAUUCAAAGAAUGUCCAAGAGUUUCUCAACGCCUCCGAGCUAUUCAAUUUGUACACCGUGCUGAAUGCCCUGAAGAAGGAUUUGCUGUGGACCAACAAUCAGGACGAUGACGACACGGAGCUGGAACCCGAGCAGCAGCAGCAGCUCAGCCAGGCGGCGGAGACAAAGACUGAGGCCAACACAAGCAGCGGGGGCAGCAGCAGUCGGGUCAAGGGUCAUGUGAGACGCACCUCGACAGCGUCCAUGAUGUCGACCACAUCGGUUAGCAAUCUGAGCGAUUCCGAAUCGGAUAUCUCGAACGAGAUCGAUUCGGGCCUAGAAUCGGAUGGCAACAAGAGCGACCACGCCCAAAGCACAGACGGCAGCGAUAUUGCCGAUGCCGCCCGCCAACCCCAAAGCGACAAGGCCACGGAGCUGGCGCAACGCUGCAAAAGACAUCUGAAUGGACUGUACCAGUGCCUCGAACAGAUGACAGAGGCGGCCAACUAUCUGACCGCCAGAUACCAAAGUGAUAUUGGAGCCGUCUAGAGUGAAUACUCGCUACGGUUGCCAACACCUCUCGGAAUGUGUGUUUAGCUUCUACUCUACUUCUUCUUCUUACACCUGGGCGGGCUCUAAUCAUGUAAACCAAAUAGAAAAACAACAACAACAAAAAAAAAGCUUGAAAAAAAUUGUUAAUAAUAAGGAAAAACGGUUUUCUUUUCUUUUGUGUGAGGUCCUUUCUGUUAAGUGAGAUUUAAUUUCAUAAAAAAAAAAAAAAAAAAA